GAUCCAUUCCUGUACCUGCUGCAACUGGAACUGGCAGAGGUCGCGGGCGCUUCGAUCCAGGUUGAGCAUGUGAAGAUUGGCUUUCGUACAGUGGCCAUCGUGGAUGGACAGCUGUGCGUGAACGGCCGCCCAAUUGUGGUUGCAGGGGCUAAUGUGCACGAGAUGCACCCACGUCGAGGCAAGGCGAUCAACGAAGAAGAUAUGCUGAAGGACAUUGAGAUGCUGAAGCUUGGAAAUUUCAACGCAGUGAGAAACAGCCAUUAUCCUCACCAUCCCAGAUGGUACGAGCUGUGUGACGAGCACGGACUGUACAUGGUGGAUGAAGCAAACAUUGAAACACACGGCUUCGUGGAGAAUGGCGCUAUAUCUUUGCUGGCUUGCGAUCAGGUUUGGCGAGAGCAGUUCCUUCAUCGCUUCUUCAACAUGUUCCAGCGCGCGAAGAACCACAGCUGUGUGAUUGUAUGGUCACUGGGAAACGAGAGCGGCUGGGGUCCGAAUUUCGCCAUGGGCGCGGAGUCAUUGCACCGCUGGGAUCCCCAGCAGCGACCAGUCCAGUACGAAGGGGCAACCUGUUUGGAUGAUGCGGUCAUGCUCUUUGGAGACGGUCAAGGUGCAGGGAGCGACAUCAUAUGCCCGAUGUAUUGGUCACCACCGAUGAUACUACCUCUGGCAGCCAGUAGGACGCGCCCUGUCAUACUCUGCGAGUACAGCCACGCGCUUGGCAAUUCCAACGGGUCUCUGCACUCCUACUGGGAGCUGAUCUGGUCUUCAGCGCCCGAACACCGGUGCAUACAAGGAGGAUUUGUUUGGGAGUGGGCUGACGGAGCUGUCAAGGUCCACAAGGCUGAGAUCCGCGACCCUGACGUAAAGGGAAAACGUGAUCGGGAAGCCUGGCUAGAAGGUGAAUAUGGUUAUGGCGGAGACUUUGGGAAGGCUAGCGGGCGCCAAGAUCGCAACUUCAUCGUGGAUGGGAUCCUGUUCCCCGAUCGCACGCCUCAUCCCGCCUACGAGGACUUCAAGAGGCUGCAGCAGCCAUUGGAGUUCCACCUGGUCAAGACCACUGAGGAGAGCACUGAAUGCCAAGUUGCCAAGGUAAGAGUCCGAAACAGAUACGCUUUCAAGGACUUGGGACACUUGUCCUUUGUGGCGCUUGUCUUUGAUGCGUGUGGAGAGAAGCAACAGUGCACCAUCCGCGGAAAUGUGGACAUGCGAGAUGUGUGCCCAGGCGAAGCCCGCGAAGUAGAUAUUGCCAUGGAGAUGGCACCUCCUCAGCUUAGACAACAUGGUCAGUGGUUAGUCAUCCAAGCCUACCAGACGGAGAGAUCGCAGCUGGUUCCUGAGAAGCACAUCAUCGCUGAAGGUUGCUUCACAAUUUGCCCGCCACGAACUGCAUCUGACAAG